UAGAUUAAAAAGAAAAUACAAGAAAAUAAUACAUUAAAAUCAAAUAUAAAUUAUUAAACGUAAAGAAUCACACUCACACUAAAUUGUUAGACCUGAGAGAGGAUAAACAUUGAGUGGUGCCCAACCGGAAGUUAAAAAAAUAUAAGUUUUAUUAACGGUUUAUUUUUUCGAAAAUUUUAAUUACAAUAAAUGCAAAAAAAAAUAAGUUUACAAACACUUUAGCUUAAUAAAGAAAUAUAACUGUUUAUUUAAAUCGCGUGUUGUGGUUUAUUUAGAAAAAAAUAAAUAAAUUAAUUUAUUUGCAUACAUUAUUAUUGGUUGCAAUUUUGUGCGUGUAUUUAACAAAAAAAAAAAGGAAAUUAAAAAAGAUAUCAUUUUACAUUUGAAUACUACAUACAUAUUUACAAACUGUGGUUUCAAUAUUUGCUUUUGGAAAAAAGGAUAAUAAUUAACAAAAUUUGUUCAACAUGUUGUCAUUUGUUACAAUAAUUGCCGCCUGUCUUUGUCUAACUGUCUCAUCAGCAAGUGCCUCUGAAGAGCACUGGGGUUAUCCAGAUUAUAGCAAAAAUGAAGAAUUUCCACAUUGGGGUGGCAUGUGCGACAAAGGUAAACGACAAUCGCCUAUUAAUUUGAGUUUAAGAGGAGCCGUCAAGGGAGUUUAUGACAAAUUAGAGGGUGAAAAUUAUGAUAAGACCAUAACACAAGCAGCCUUGGUCAAUACUGGUCAUUCGGUGCAACUUUUCAAUUUCGAUUUGAAGUUAAAACUGAGAGGUGGUCCCUUGAAGAACGAUUAUGUUUUGGAGCAAGCACAUUUUCAUUGGUGGUCAGAGCAUACCAUUGAUAAUAUACGUUAUCCCUUUGAAAUGCAUAUGGUGCAUCGUAAUGUCAAGUAUGAGAAUAUGACUGUGGCCGCUCAACAUAAGGAUGGCAUUACUGUGGUGGGUGUGUUGUAUCAUGCAUCGAUGGAACGUAAUGAGGCUAUUGAUGAUAUUUUAGAUGAUUUCGAGAAGAUUAAGGAUUACGAUGACAUCAAUAAGCCCAUUAAUAUUGAGACUAACUUUGAGAUUGAGGAUCUUUUGCCGGAAAUCAAGAAUUACAUUAUUUAUGAGGGUUCCCUGACCACACCCACCUGUGCUGAGGCAGUGACAUGGAUUAUAAUGGCUGAAACUUAUCCAGUGACCAUAGAUCAGGUUGAAGCUUUCAAAGCUCUGCAAUACGAUCAAGGCAAAAACUUAAUCAACAACUAUCGUGCCAUACAAGAGACCAACAAUCGUGCCAUUAUUGUAGCCUCAAAUGAUAACCGUUCUGGUGCUGCUGCUUUCACUCUACAAACCUCCUUAAUAAGCCUUGUUUUUAUGGUAUUAUGUGCUAAAUAUUUGUACUAAUUUGUACUAACUACUCCUUUGUAGUUUAAUUUGAAAUUAAGCUCAAAUUAGCAUAAAGCUCUCUUAUUAUCUAUAUAACCAAAGAUAACCUUAAUUGUUGAAAUUAAUUGAAAAAAAAUCAAAAAAUACUAGCAAUAUAUAAAAAAAAAUAAUUUAUGUGUAGUGUGUAUUGCUGUUGUUCCUUUUUUUAUGUAACUAGAUUAAGGGUAAUCACAGUUAGUUGCUAGCAAUUACCAUAUCCAAAACUCAAAAGCUUUUUAAAAAAGCUUUAAGUUUUUAAACAAGCUUUAUACAAUUUAAAGUAUUUGGCAUUUAAUUUAACACUUGGUGCUACUACAAAAAACAUACUAAAUAAAUAAAUAUUUAUACAUGUUGAUCAUUACAAAAUAUUCACUUGAAAAUCUCUGUGAAUUCAUUAUUUCAAAGCUGGCUUUGAUUACUCUUAUUUUAUUAAUAAUUUAUAUUUACAUAUAUAUUUUUUAUAAAACUUGCAUUUUUAUCGUCAUAAAUUUAUGUCUCAAAUAUUGUUCAUGUACAUCGAUUAUUUUUAACAAAAAACAUAUAAAAUUAUAUUUAUUUUUGUCUUAAGUGUUGUUAGUGUGUAAAAUGAAAUGAAAUUUAUAUUUUUGGAAAAUUUUAUAAAGUUUUAACUAGUCAAUCAAUCAAUUAUUGUAAUAUUGAAUGUAAUAAAUUUAAAACAAAAGAAUACAUGUUAAUGAAAAACUAAUAAAAUUAGCUAAAUAAAGUUACUCAAUAAAAUAAGAA